CCAUCCAUCGGUGGUGUUGGUGUUGUGCCCAUCCUCCAUCCUGGCUGACAAACACAUCCAAGCGGCUGGCUACUUGCCCGCUUGCGCGUGCAUGUAGGCCAACCGCGUCAUCUUAUCUCCCUCCCAUCAUUGCCUCCUCCUCCUCCUCCUCCUCCUUCUGAUCUAUCCAGCUGCUCGUCCGGUGGCGCAUCCCAUCUCCUCCAGCUCCUCCUCAUCCCUUCUUUUUCCGGCCCCCGUCGGCCGUACGUGCAGGCCGGAGGAGGAGGAAGGAAGCGUCGCUUGGCGCUCGGCGGGAGGUGAUCGCUCGUGUUCGUGCAUGAUCAGGGCGAGGGCAGCUGGCUGCGCUUUUGGAGGAGGAAGAAAGCGGUGAUCCAUGCAUGGAUGGCAAAGACCUCAUCUCACCGUCCGACCUGCCGCCAUUCUACGGCCAGCAGCAGCAGCAGCACCUCCGCAUGCUCGGCGGCACCGGCGGCGGCGGGGGGCAGCAACAGCAUAGCCCCUCCUCGCUCGCCGGGAUGCACUCCGUCAUCCGCCCCAUGCCCAACAUGAGCAUGAGCCCCACCGCCAUCCUCCAGUCCAUCGGCGGCGGCGGCGCCUCCUCCCUCGCCGGCAUGCAGUUCAACAUGGACGGCGCGCCGUCGCCUUCCUCCAUGUUGCAGCACAACAGCAUGGGCGGCGGCUCCGUCUCCGGCUCGGGGGGGACGAUGCCGGUGGCCAGCCCGCCGCCGGAGCCCGUCAAGCGGAAGCGGGGCAGGCCGCGCAAGUACGGGCCCGACGGCGCCAUGAAGCACCACAUGUCCUCGUCUUCCUCGUCGGCGCAUCAUCAGCAGCAGCAGCAUCAGAUGAUGGGCGCGCCGCAGCAGAGGAUGGGGUCCAUGGCCGGGCAGGGCAUGGCGGGCGGGUUCGACGACGCGGCCCAGAAGAAGAAGCGCGGCCGACCGCCGGGCACCGGGAAGAAGCUCUCCUCCCCCAGCAGUAAACCCUCCGGCAAUGCUUUCCCUGGUUCAGCUGGAACGAGCUUCACUCCCCACAUCAUCACAGCAUCUCCUUCAGAGGACGUCGCGGGGAAGAUCGCAGCAUUCGCGAGCCAGUCGCCGAGGGCGGUGUGCGUGCUCUCGGCGAUGGGGUCUAUCUCCAGGGCUGUCCUCCGCCACCCCGCAGAUCAUCCUCCUUCCUACAACAAUCCUGCCAUUUACGAGGGAUUGUAUGAAAUCCUCAGUUUAUCCGGCUCUUACAAUCUGAACGAGGGCCAGCAAAAUCAGACCGACGGGAUCAGUGUCACGCUCUGCAGCCCGGAGAGGCACAUCAUUGGAGGUGUUCUGGGUGGAGCAUUGGUAGCUGCCAGUACUGUGCAGGUGGUGCUAGGGACUUUUGUGCAAGGAGGGUCCAAAUCAAAGUCCAAGAAAGCCGCGAAACCACCGGCUUUCGGUCCCGACUCACUCACCGGCGCUGGGCCAGACGUGCCGUCACCCAGCUCAGGACAUAACCAAAACCUAACGUCGCCGCCCUCCGUUGUAUCGACGGGAGGGUGGCCUAGCUCUGGGAUAUUUGACACGCGAAGUUCCAACAUUGAUAUCAACUCUUCUAGAGGAUAGCUCAUAUUUGCCGACACUUCCAUCUCUCGAGAGAUUUUUCUGUUCCCAAAAAGAAUACCAAAUGUAUACUUUGAAAUAGCCCAUUCGGUUUUUGAGAUCAUUCUUAUAGAUUAUUCA